AUGGGGAAAGCAGCCGCCGUCUUUUUGAAGGAUCCAGAAGCAGCCUGGAUUCCUGCCAAGCUCAAUAAUAGCAACGGAAAAACUGCUGAUGUUGAAAUUCCAAUCUAUCCAGAUGAACAGAGCACCGUCUGUGAUGGUGGAAAAUCUGCAUCGAAGUGGGUUGAAGCCGAAGUAGAUCUUUCUGAUUACAACAAGGGAGUCCUUCCUAUGCAAAAUGUUGACGAAAGUGGAAAUGCUUUGUGCUUCGCCGAUAUGGUUGAGCUUCCAUUUCUUCACGAGGCUGCCAUUCUUUACAACCUCAAGCAACGUCACUUGGACGACCACCCUUACACACGAACGGGUGAUAUCAUUAUUGCUGUCAACCCUUUCCAGUGGUUCACACACAUUUACACAGAAAAGAUCCGUGCCCAAUAUGCCAAUACCCUUGUAUGGGAAGAUCACGAAGGUGACGCCCGUAAGCUUGUCGAUCCCCACGUCUACGAGGUUUCUUCGCUAUGUUACAAGGGACUUGCCUUCGGCGGAGGUGAUCAAUCCAUUCUUGUCUCUGGUGAAUCUGGUGCCGGAAAGACCGAGACUGUGAAGAUUGCUAUGAAUCACAUUGCUAGUGUCCAAAGAGGAAAGACUGAAGCGUCUGAUGAAAAGUUCAGUGAUCCAGUUGUGGACAGAGUUUUGGAGUCGAAUCCUCUGCUUGAAGCAUUCGGAAAUGCCAAGACAAGACGUAACGAUAACUCUUCUCGUUUCGGAAAGUACACGCAACUUCAAUUCGAUCAAGGUGAAAAGAGUUCAUUUGUUGACAAGUCUAAGAUGAAGUGCAAACUUGCUGGAAGUAAGUGCGAUGUCUACUUGUUGGAGAAGAAUCGUGUCACCACCCACGACCCUAUGGAGAGAACAUACCACGUUUUCUACCAAGUCAUCGCUGCAGAUGAGGCUUCCAAGAAGGAGAUCUGGUCCGAAGGUCUUAGUGGAAAGACCAACGAGGACUUCCAAUAUGUUGGUACCUCUCCAUGUGAGAAGAUCGAAGGAAUGACCGAUGCCGAGCACUACCAAAAUACGGUUAAGGUGCUCAAGGGUAUUGGUGUCGAUGGAGACGAUUUGAUGACUUUGUUGCGUGCCAUCUCUAUCGUUCUCCAAUUGGGAAACCUUUCUUUCAUGAAGGAUCCCGCUGAUGAUGACCGAUCGGUCGUGAAGGACAAAACCGAAUUCGGCAAACUUGCCAAGUUGAUGGGUGUCACUGAGCAAGAUCUUAUUGACUGUCUUACUGAACGUACAAUGAAGACACGUAAUGAGAGCUACAAGGUGCCACUUAAUGCCGAUGUCGCAAGGGAUACCGCUGACGCAUUUGGAAAGGAAAUUUACUCCAAAACCUUCUUGUGGCUUGUGCGUGCCAUCAACGAUGCCACUUGUGCCGAGAAUAACUACGAAGGUGGUGGCAAGUCUGGUUUCGGUAUCAUUGGACUUCUUGAUAUCUUUGGUUUCGAAUCUUUCGUCCGCAAUCGUUUCGAACAACUCUGUAUCAACUACUGUAAUGAGAAGCUUCAAGCCAAGUUCACUGAGGAUAUUUUCCGCUCUGUGCAAGAAGAGUAUGAGUUCGAAGGUAUUCCACUUGAUGAGAUCAAGUACGAUGAUAACACCGAUGUGUUGGAUUUGAUCGAAGGAAAGGCUGGUCUCAAUGCCAUGCUUAAUGAGGAAUGUGUCCGUCCCAAGGGUACAGACCAGGCCUUCGUCCAAAAGGCCCUUGCUGCCAACAAGAAGUCCCCAUGUUUGAUUGUCUCGAAGAUGAACAGAAAGGAGUUCGGUAUUCACCACUACGCCGGAAAGGUCAUGUACGAUUCUGAUGGCUUUGUUAGCAGUAACCAAGAUUCUCUUCCCUCCGAUUUGAUUGAUUGCGCCCUCAAGUCUACCAACGAAAUUCUCAGCAAGCACUUGAACAACGAGAAGUGCUCCAAUUUGGCGGAAGCUGCUGCUCCAGCUCCCUCGAAGAAAGGACCUUCGCGCGCCAAGUCCAACCUUGUUUCUGCCACUGUGUGGACCAAAUACAAGUCUCAAUUGUUGAAGCUCAUGACGAUGCUUAAGAAGACCAACUCGAGAUACAUUCGAUGCAUCAAGCCCAACACAUUCAAGAAGCCCAGUAUCAUGCAACACGUCAGUACUAUUGAACAGCUUCGAUGUGCCGGAGUCGUUGCCGCAGUGACGCUCUCUCGUUCCGCUUUCCCAAAUCGCCUCGAAAAUAAGACUGUCCGUUUCAAGUUCUCAAGCAUGUGGGACAGAGGCGCUUAUCCUACAAAGGCCACCGCAGAAAUGAAGGCCGAAGAAAAGCUGAAGUGCGACUGCGAAGCGUUGCUAGCUAGUGCAUUGAAGCCUCGUGAAGAAAUUGAGGAUGGAAAGGCCGUCAAAGCCUUCGUCUGCGGAAAGACUCGUUCUUACUUCCGCAUGGGUGCCCUCGAGUUCCUUGAGGCCAAUCGUACCAAGGAAAUGGGAUCCCAAUCACUUCACAUCCAACGCUACAUCCGUGGCUGGUUGAUUCGUCGCCUGACACAAAUGGCUGAGACCAAGAGGCGAAAGGGAAUUGCUAAGAUCCAGAAAUGGUACAAGGAUGUCUCCGCCAAGAUCAAGCAAAACGAGGAAGACAAGAAGGCUGGUCUCGAGAAGAAGAAGAAACAAGAGAUGGAACGCAAGGCUCGUGAAAAGGCUGAAGCAAAGGCCAAGGCUGCUCGUGAAGCCAGAGAAGCCAAGGAGAAGAAGGAACGUGAAGAGCGUGAACGCAGAGAAAAAGAAGAGCAAGAGGAGCUCGAAAGGAAGGAGCGCGAAGCUUUCGAAAAGCGCAAGAAGAAGGAGAAGGAAGCUAAGGAGAAGUUUGAGAAGGACAAGGAGAAGAAGAUCAAGAAGUUCAAAAAGGGAAUCAAGGAGCAAGAAAAAGAGCUCGACAAGAAGGAAAAGAAAUGGGAGAGAGAGCUUGAAAGCCUCGAAGCUGAAGCCGUCAAGGCUGAAGAGGAGCGUGAUGCCGUUCUUGAGGAGAUCGCCAAGGAAGAAGCCAAGAUCGCUAGUAUCCCAACUCUUUCUGACAAAGAGAAAAAGAAGCUUACUGACAGUACUGAGAUUAUCGCUUAUCUUCGAAAGGAGAACAAGAAGUUGCGUAACUCCACUACUCAACUCCGCAAGGACUUCGAUACGAUGCAGGAGAACAAUAAGCGUCUUCUAGAGGCCAACGCCUACGCUGGUGCAUCUUUCGAGGCAUUGAACGAGCAAUCGAAGAACAACAACAGGAACAACUCGAAGCUGAUGCAAAACCUUGAGAAGUACAAGAAGCAAAACUCGAAGUUGAAUGAAGAUCUUCGAAUGCGCCAAGGUUAUUACGAUGCCGAAGCAGAGAUCCGUGUGAACUACCAAAAGGCCAUGGCCGAAAUUAUGGAAAUGAUCCAAGAUCAAUGCGACGACGCCCAACUGACCGAAGACAUCCUUGUUUUGGCAUUGGAGUGCGAGUCUGAGGCAAAGAGCGAACUUGAAGCAGCUGAAGCCCGUCAAAAGUAG